CAAAUUACUACGGAGUACAGCAUUUCCCAAAAUUGACUAAUUAGUCAACCUCACUCAACUCUAAGCUCUAGAUCUCUUCUUCCUCACUCCCUCCCUCCCACUCACUCUCUCUCUCUCCCUGCAACUAGCCAGAAAGAUCAAAUCAAUCGAGCAAGCAAGAAUACCCACAAAAAUGGGGUCAGUAUCCCUAAAAAUAGGGGAUGGAACAGCAAGAUUCAAAAGAGCAACAAUCUGCACAUCAGCAGUUAACGGAUUAAUGCUAUUCUCAGUUCUUACCACUAAUCUCUUUGCACUCUACGCCUUCACUUACAACCCUAAUCACAAUGCCUCACAAAAUUCCCAAAACCCACUUCAAUUAGCUCACAAAAACAUCUCCUUAAUUACAGAACAAGUCUCCCUAAUCAUGGAAGAGAUCGAAUCUUCGCAAAAGAAGCUAACCCAGAUCGAAAAGGAGCUUCUUGGAUACGAAACAAUUGAUCUUACAAAACCCAAUACUCCAAGUGAGCUCAAAAUCUUCCUGCAAAGGCAUUCUUUGCCUUUAGGGAAAGAUUCAAGAACUGGGAUUACAGAAAUGGUGGCAUCAAUUGGUCAUACUUGUAGCAAAUCUAUGGAUUUGUUGUCUAAAUAUAUGGAUUACAAGGUCAAUGGGCCUUGCCCAGAUGAUUUGGGCUUGGCCCAGAAGCUGGUUUCAAGAGGGUGUGAGCCUUUGCCUAGGAGAAGGUGUUUUGCUAAGACUUUGCCUAAGUUAGGGUUUCUGCACCCUUUUCCUGCAUCUCUUUGGAAAAGUGUUAGUGAUAAGAUUGUUAGUUGGAGUGGUUUGAGUUGCAAGAAUUUUACAUGUUUGAGUAAUAUUGGUAAGAAAUUGGGGAAAGAUUGUGUGAAUUGCUUUGAUUUGAGUAAUGGGAUUGAAAAUCAAAGGUUUGUUAAGGGGAAAGGAAAGAAUGAUUUUAUGAUUGAUGAUGUUUUAAGUAUGGGGGAUGAAGGGGUUAGGAUUGGACUUGAUAUUGCAGGUGGGUCUGGUACUUUUGCUGCUAGAAUGGCUGAGAAGGAUGUGACUGUGAUUACUCAAGCAUUCAAUGUCGAGGCACCUGCCAAUGAUUUCAUUGCUGCUAGGGGGUUAUUCCCUUUGUUUAUGAGCUUGGAUCAUAGGUUUCCAUUUUAUGAUAAUGUGUUUGAUUUGGUUCAUGCUGGGAGUGCAUUGGAUGUGGGAGGGAAGGCUGAGAAACUUGAGUUCUUGAUGUUUGAUAUUGACCGGGUUUUGAGGGCUGGGGGUUUGUUCUGGUUAGAUAACUUCUAUUGUGCUACUGAUGAGAGGAAGAGAGAUAUUACAAGGUUGAUUGAGAAGUUUGGGUAUAAGAAGCUUAAAUGGGUUAUAGGAGAGAAAGUAGGGUCAGGGAAAUCGGAGUUGUAUUUGUCUGCUGUUCUAGAGAAGCCUGUGAGAGCAUAGGAGUUCCCACUGAUCCAUUCAUAGGUAAAGACAGUUAUCAGUUUUUCAGCAUAGUUGAUAUCAAAUUUAUGUGAACUUGUCUUAUAGUUUUAUCAUGAUAUAUUAAAUUUAAAUGUCGAAUAAACUACUGCUUCUCAUUUGUGGGAAUUGUCAUAGAACAGGAUACAAGUUGUUUACAAGGCAAUUAGGAUAUUCGUGUUGUAAUGGUUACAUAAUCAGAAGAUAGUGAAGUUUCAGUCAAUGUUACAAUGUAGGUGCUCCUUUUGUUUUGGUUA